AUGGUAUAACUUUUGAAAAGAAUAAAAUCUUCUCUUUGAUUAGACAUUGAAAAAUCUAUCUUUAUGAUAAAAUAUUUUCAAUAAAUAUUUCUUAUAUUUUGUAGUAAAAAAAUAUUUACUUUAAUUUUAUGUCCAAUUAUUAUAAAAUAUAGAUUUAGCUGUCCUUGACUAUAAAAUACUUUUACCAUUCUUAAAUAAAAAAACUGUCUCGAUGCUUAUAAAAGCAAGUGAUUUCAGUCUUUUCAAAGCGAAUAGAUGAAUCUGGGACAUCUGCGUUGCACAAUCUCCAAGAAGAGCUUGCCAAAGAGCGUCAAAAAUACCAAGACGUAGCUUCACAACAAAAAAACCAAGAAAGAAAUUUCCAGCGCCAAAUCUUCGAACUUUCAGCACAGUUGCAAGCUGAGCAACAAAAAAGUCAAUCUCUUGAAUCUUCUUUGCAACAUUUGCGUGCAAAUCUCACCCAGAUCUCUGAGCUUCAGCAACAGUUAGAAGAAGCUUUAGAACGAGAAAAACAAUUAAAAGAUGCCUUAGAUGCUAAAUCAUCGUCAGGGUCCUUCAUCAGCGGAGGAUCUUUCAUUGGUGGAGGUGAUCAAGAGUUAAUUAGAGAAUUGCAAGAACAAAAUAAUAAGCUUAAAGAAGAACUAAAACAGUUCAAAGAAUAUGCUCUAGGAGAAAUCAGAGAAAAAGAGAAAAAAAUUUUAAGCUUAAAUGAGAUACAAGAAGAUCUGCAGGAUGCUUAUAACGAAUAUGUAAAAGAAUAUGAUAAGCUGCAAAACCAAUUAGAAGAGGAAAGAGAACAAGCAAAAACUGAUGGAGAAGAAAUGCAGUCUUAUAUUGAGGAUUUGAUGAAAAAACUGAGGGAUUCGGAAUCUUUAAAAGAGUCGCUAGAAAGGAAACAGAAAUUGGAAGACGAGGACAAUGCAGAAAAAGAAAAAGAAAAAAGCAGUGAUGAAAAUAGCAAGCUUAAAAUAAAAAUAGAGAGCUUAGAAGAGGAACUUAGGGAAAAGCAAGAAGAGAUAAAAGACCAAGCAGGAAAAUUGCAACAGAUGAAAAAAUCAAGAGAAAAAUUAGCUGAAGAAUUCCAGGUUUUAGAAGAUAAGGUUAUGGAAUUAGAAAGAGAAAGAGAAAGCUAUCUAAAAGGACUUGAAAAUAAACAAGAAGCUAUUGAUGCUUUGGAAGAAGAAAUUUCAACUGCAGCUGUAGGCUAUGAAGAACAGAAAACACAAGCAAUUCAGGAUCUUCAAAAGAAGUGCUCUCAAUUGGAACGCAAUAUAAGAGAAAUGGAAAAAGAUAGAGAAGAAAAAAUUGAGGAAUUCAAUGGUCAAUUAACAACAGAAAAAUACAAAUAUAAUGAACUUUUAAGAGCAAUUAAUGGAAAAGAUAAGGAAAUAAACAGGCUUACUGAAAAAAUCAAAUUGGCAGCAGAGAAAAAUGAAGACUUAAAAAAUAAAUUAUGAAAAAAUAGGUGAUUCAUACAUUUUAAUGACAAGAAAUUCACUUAUUUUAUUAGUAAUUUAAAACAAAUUUUAUACUCCAAAUAUAACUCACUAUAAAAGGUAUAAGAGCUUUAGAAGAGAGCGAAAAUAACGCUGUUAAAAAGGCGCAGUAUGAUUUUACUCAAAGACUAUUAGUUCUCACAAGAGAAAAUCAAGAAUUAAAAGAAAAAAUCCAAGAAAUGCAAGAUCAAUUAGAUAUCAAUAAGACUUCAUUUUUAGGCGAAGAUUCUUUAUUUGAUGAACUGUCUGAGGUUUCAGCAGACACUAAACCUGCUCCAAUCCGGCAAAGCGUAAGACCUCCGCCUUCAGCUGAUACCACACCUAGAGGCAGUAUAUUUCCUAGGCCACGCCCCAGUACAUUUUCACGCCCAAAAACUGUUGAAUUUAGCAAAGCAGUUUUAGAAUUCGGCAAACCCAAAGAAAAUGUAUUUAUAGUCCCACAAACAAAAUAUGAAGUCAGAUCAAGCAUCAGUCCUUUCUUUAACCCUCCCAAGCCUGAAGAGCCAAAGCCAGUUUUUGAGUCCUCAAUUGAAGAGGAACCCAAAGAAGAGCCACCUCAGCCUCCUCAAAAAGAAGAGCCACCUAAGCUUCCUCCAAAAGAAGAGCCCAAAAUCGAGCUUCCUCCAGUAAAAACUGAAGAAACCAACCAACUCAAAGUCGAGAUUGUAACCUUUAUUUAGGCUGAAAAAGAAUUUUUAAUCAAAAAUAUGGACAUCGAAAAGCAAGGACUCGAAAACCAAGUCAAAGAAUUAUUCACCUCUAAUAGACAGCUAAAAAAAGACUUCAGUGAUUUGAAAAGAGCACAGGAUAAACUUAUCACUGAAUGUGAGGAAUUAAAAAGAAAGCUUAAAAGCCAAGCUAAUAAUGUAGCCACAAAUAGUGAAAAAUCCAAACUUUUAGUCGUUGAGGCUGAAAGGGACAUGCUUAAAGCAGAAAUCCAAAGGCUAGAAACUGAGCUUAUGCUUUCUAAAGAAAAAUGGGCAGAACAUAACAAUAACCUUAUGAACGAUCUUAUGGAAGCAGAAAAAGUUGCUAUUGAUGCCAAGCUGGAGAUGGUCACCUUGGCAGAUUCAAGAGAUAUAUAUAAAUCACAGCUGGAAGAAAUUCUCAAAAAGAAGAAAAAAUGGAGAAUUAGUAACAUAUUUUCUGGCAAAGAUAAAGAUAAAUCUUAA